AUGCCUCGCAUCCGCCAUAACUCCUGUAAAACCUCCGCCAAGAACCAAAAAGUAACCCACCCAACACCAACCAAGCGUUCCAAGAAAUCCUACAGCAACGGCGCCAUGAAACCCGUUUUCACCGGUUGCAAAAUGUCUCUGGCAGGCGACUUUAUCGCCGAACAUCCUGGUCCCAAUGCCGAGCAGCAAUGGUCGUACGAGAAGAUCUUCAAAUGGAUUCAAGUCCAUGGCGGCGAGUAUGCUAGGGAAGUCGAUGAAGAUACUACGCAUUUGAUUGUUACUAUUAAGGAAUACAAGAAGAAAACAGUUCAGGUCCGCAAAGCAAUGGCAAUGGGCAAGCGAUGCCACAUUGUAGUUAUCGACUGGUUGGUCGAUUGUCUCACUUCAAAAUUGAACAAGAAAAAGAAACUCGUAGUCACGGGCUAUACACUUGGUCGAGUGAUCCGCCGCUUGCAUCAUACCGAGGAUCAAAAGAUAAAUUAUCGACAGAGAUUCGAGGAGGGUGUUAAAGCCGGACUCCAUCACGUCUACACCGACCAAACAGAUUUCGAAUACAAAGUCGUCCUCACCCGCGUCCUCCUACACGGCAAGAAUAAGAACCAGAAAUACACCGUAUACCUCUUUGCAUCAAACGCUCAACCAAGUACCUACAUGGCCGGGGCGAAACUCACAUCUGCCUACCAAAGUCCCUCAUACCUCCGAGAUGAAUGUCAUCCAAAAAUCUUCGAAGAAGCCUUCAAAGACUUCAAACAGAUCUUCAAGUCCAAGACCGGUAUCGAAUGGGACGAUCGAUACGAACCACUUCCUGAAAACCAUCCAGAAUCGAUGUUUAGAUAUCAAAGACCUACAUUAGGCCGUCCGAUGGGCAUGUUACCAAGUUGGAGACAGGCGCCUAGCUGGAAGGACUCGGAUGGAAACGGGGAGAAGGAACUCGAUUCUUGUGGUGAGGAAAUUGGUGAGAAGAACGAUGAGGAAAGUGAAGUAGAAGUGGUUGCGAAGGAGAAAUGGCAGAAGGCAAAGAGAGUACGAGUGGAACAUGAGUACGAUAGUGAUAGUGAGGUGGACGAUGAUGAGGAGGAAUUCGAUGAGUUGAUGAAGGAUCAUUUACCAUCACUUCCGUCAUCGCCUCAUGCUCAAACUUCAGCCGGGUUUCCAAAGGAAGAGAUUAUUGUCAUUUCGGAUUCGGAGACGGAGGCUGGAGAUUCGGCUGCUGAGAUGAGAUAA